UUUUUCAUGAUGGUGAUGAUUCUGCUUUGAUAAUAAAAAUUAAUUUUCAAUUCUACAUAGAAAGAAAGUUUCACUAAUCUACAAGAGUUUAUUAUUGCUGCAAGCUUCAAUAUGGAAAAGUCACUGAAAAAGAUAAGAACUGAUUCACACAAUUCAGAAAAAGAUGAAAAUCCAACUAAAAAGAAGCAUAAAAAAGAACACAAACACAAACAUAAAAAGCACUCGGCGGAAAAAGGCGAAAAAGAAAAGCACAAGAAGCACAAGAAACAUAAAAAACACAAACGCAAAAGUGGUGACCGAGACGCGACGCCUAAACCGAAUGAACAUUACACUCCCGAGAGAAUCGUAAGCGUUGACUUAACCAAUGGAAAAGACCCAGUCUCUAAACCAAAAUCAUCUGCUAAACCAAUUGACGUAAGCACGACUGAUAUCGACGAUAUUACAGACUUUAUCACCGAGGGCCUUACAGAAAAACCAGUAUCCUUGGAUAUAAUAUCGUCUGAAGAAAAUAGCAUGGAUGUACCUGAACAAGAUUGCGAUUCCGAUGCAAUUGAUAUGAACGUAAUUGAAGCCGAUAUGGAUUUGGAAGAAUUAAUGAAGCAAAAGGAACUGCUACAAGCCCAAUUGGCAAGUGCUGAUGUUGGUGUAGAUAAGAAAAAUGGCACUGAACAGCCAAUAAUUGAUGAUGAAAUUAUUACAUUAUUGGAUUCGGAUGAGGAACCCGAAAAGAAGAAGAUGAAAAAACUUUCUAAGAGUUCUAAAGAGAGGAUUAAAGAUAAAGAUAGACGUAUAAGAGAACUUUUAGAAAAAGACAAACAACGCGAACGUGAGCGUCAACGUGAGAGAGAGCGUGAUAGAAUUUACAGUCGUGAAAAAACACGUGAUAAUCGGUUAGAUCGUUCCAAUGAUAGACACCGAGACAAUUUUUAUAAAGAUUUGCGCGACUAUCACAAAUAUAGGGAAACUGUGUCGACACGUGAUUCUAGAGGCAAGGACAGAAAUAGCAGAGACUUUAGAGAUCGCAGGAGUAAUGACCGAGACAGGCGAAAUUAUAGAGAUCGGUCGACGGACAGAGACAGAAGACAUAGAAAAGGCAAAGUACAAGACAAGUUUAAGGACUCAUUGAGUGAAGGGCAGAUUAAAACAAAAGAGGAUUCUUCAGAUUCUGAUGUUCAAAUUGAGUUGGACAUUGAUACUGAUGACGAGGAUGAAGAGGAGAUUAUUGAAAAAAGACGAAAACAAAGAGAAGAGUUGUUGAAGCGGCUUGGUGCCACAAAUGAAGACUCCAACGCCAACACGUCAGCACCGUCAAGUCCACAAGCUGAAGCACCCAAAGAAGAACCUGCUAAAGUUGAAGUCAAAGAGAAAAGUCAAAGAAAUUCGGAUUCUAGUAACAAUAAUAAUGGGCAGCCUAAGAUUGCUAAUACUAAUGAAGUUCAAUCAGUAAAUGUUGAAGAAGAAUCCUUAACUCCACCACUUUUGCCCAACAUGAAGACCAAAGAAGUUGACAAAAAGACCCAGGAUAAACCUGUUAAAAGGGCUGAAUGGGAUAUGUUUGCUGAACAAGAUGUGUUCAAGCAUAAUACUAAUUCUCCAAGUGCAAUAAUUAAAUCUAAAGGAAUGGGGGCUGAAAACCCUGCACUCACUGACAAUUGGGACGAUGCUGAAGGUUAUUAUAGAGUCAGAAUUGGAGAAAUUUUAGAUACCAGAUACAUGGUUUACGGUUACACUGGUCAAGGUGUUUUCAGUAAUGUCAUAAGAGCUAGAGAUCAAGCUCGCGGCAGUCAAGAUGUUGCAGUUAAGAUUAUAAGGAACAAUGAAAUUAUGCACAAAACUGGUCUAAAGGAGCUGGAAAUUCUGAAAAAACUAAACGACGCUGAUCCAGAAGACAAGAUGCACUGCCUAAGGCUGAUCAGGCACUUUUUCCACAAGCAACACUUGUGUAUGGUAUUUGAACCUUUGGCAAUGAACUUGAGGGAGGUGCUGAAGAAAUAUGGAAAAAACGUGGGAUUGCACAUUAAGGCAGUACGCAGCUACACUCAGCAAUUAUUGUUGGCGUUGAAACUGCUGAAAAAAACUGGAAUUUUACAUGCUGAUAUCAAACCGGACAACAUUCUAGUAAACGACAGUAAACUAGUACUGAAACUGUGCGAUUUCGGUUCAGGAUCGAAAGUGAACGAAAACGAAAUCACUCCAUACUUGGUAUCCCGUUUCUAUAGGGCACCAGAAAUUAUUUUAGGAAUACCAUACGACUACGCUAUCGACAUGUGGAGUGCCGCUUGUACCAUUUACGAGUUGUACGCUGGCAGAAUCCUGUUUUCAGGCAAAUCCAACAAUCAAAUGUUGAAGUUUUUUAUGGAUUUGAAAGGGAAAUUCCCAAAUAAAGUAAUAAGAAGGGGCGCGUUUAAGGAACAACACUUUGACAGUAAUUGUAACUUUUUGUAUCACGAAAUAGAUAAAGUUACUGAAAGAGAAAAAGUUGUUGUAAUGACGGUGGUCAAAGUAAAUAGAGAUCUUCAAUCGGAAUUAGUUGCCGGUCAAGCCUUACCACCGGACCAAUUGAAAAAAGUCACACAAUUGAAAGACCUUCUGGAAAAAGCCUUAUCAAUCGAUCCAGCUAAGCGGAUAAGUCUAAACAACGCCUUGACUCAUCCGUUUAUACAGGACAAAAUUUGAUGUUUGUACGACAAGGAGAUAGAGCCAGUGAGGACAGAAAAAUGGCUGACAAUAAAUGUGUGUGUGUUGUACAAAACUGGCCUAUUUUAAAGGAUAAUUUGAACAAACGGAAAGAAGCUUAAAUUUGUUGGCAUCGAUGGCUAAGUAUACACAUUUUUGAAGAAUACAUUACUGUAAUUGAUUUGUUUUAGGUUCAAUACAGGUUGGUCUAUAUGAAAAAGGUAAGUAUGUUUUUGGAAACAAAUUAAUACUAAUUUUGGGCUAGGAUAUCGGUAUCACUAUAGUGAUUUUGUUAUACCUAAAUAGUAUAAAUGAAAGUGAUUUUAAGUCAUCCCAAAUUUGGUUGCUAAAAUGAUAGAUUGGAUUGAAAUUAUUUUGAUGGCAGUCCCUCCACUAUCCACUUCUUUUGUCAACUUGUUUAAACACGAAAGCAGGUUUAUGAAGGUGGAUCGUCCUGGUAGAAAUCCAUGUUGGUCUGCAGGAAUAACGUCAUUUUCCAGAACACAAUCCUUGAUCCUCUUCAUUGACUUUCAUAAAGUGCAUGUUAAACUUAUGGGACGAUAAUUUCCAGGGUUUUCUUUAUCUCCCUUCUUGUAGAUGGGCGUUAUAAUUGCCUUGGUCCACUCAUUUGUUUGACACUCUUCCAUUCUCCAUUAGAUUCUACAUAGCCGAUGAGAGUGGUUCACUUAUACUGGCUGCUAUUUUAUUCAAAAAUAUGGCUGCAAUGUUGUCUGGAGUCUAUUUUAAAGUUUUUCAAAAAUCUCUUCUGCCAUAAAUUCGGCUGUUGUUAUUUUGGCAACUGAACGUUUACUUCUUAGUCUUUGGAAAUUUCUCUGAUCUGUUUCUCUGGAGAAGACUUUCUCAAAUUGAUUCGCCAAGGUUUCUGAAAUCUCCAAUUAUAUCUCCAGUAUCCAGUAUCCUUUUAGAACAAUAUAUGUAGAGUUUGAAUUCAGUGUUCUUUUUAUGUAGGAAUAGGAUUGUUUAUCAGAUCUUGUGAGCAAACCGUGUUCAUAUUGUUGCUUUGCUUGUUGCAGCAUAUUUCUUAGUAGGUUAUUUUGAGUUCUAUAUUCCUGGUAAGACUGGGGAGUUUUCAGAUUUUGGUACUUGUUCCAAAGGUUCCUUUUCUUUUGAAUUUCUUUAAAGUAGUUAGGGUUCAUCCACGGUUUUUGAGAAUUUAUUCUAGUAUUUCGCAUGGGAAUACUUUGUUGAAUGAUAGUGUUUAUAUUUGCUAUACAUGUGUCCAUGUUGUUUGGAAACUUCGUUUCAGAUACUUUUUGGCUUAAAUUGUCGUAACUGGCCUUCGAAAAAUUACGUUUUUUGAUUUUCUUUAUUGAACUUGGUUUUGUGUUUAUCUGCGCUACAGCGUUCACUACAACAUUAUCACUGUAACCAAUUGGAUUUGAAGGGUGAGUUUUUGUAAAUAAUUUCCUAUCGCUUACCAAUAAUAAAUCAAGAAGUGAUUGCUCGUCGUUUCUAAUUCUGGUGUUGAAAUCUAUUAUCUGUUUAGCAUUGUUCUCUACAUAAAAAAUUAGGAAUUCUUGUGCUGGCUGAUUUUGUUAGUUUAGUAGAAGAGUUUUCCAGUCUAUUUGUCUGUAAUUAAAGUCCGUGUUGAUCGAGAAUUCGAAGACUUGUCUAAGAUACUCCAAAAGUUCUCUGUUCUGUAUAGGUAUGUCUUGUGGUCUGUAUAUGUAUGCUAAAGAGAGCUUAAGUGUUGUCAGUGUGAUAUCUAAUAAAAUCGCAUCAAUACCAUCAGACAAUUGGAAUCUCUGGUUUAAUGCUACUGUGGAUUUGAUACCUGCAAUGCUUUCACGUACAUAAAUUAUAACUCGACCCCCUUUUUGGUUUUCUCUGUUUUUUUCGAAAUAAAAAAUAAUUUGAUAUGCCUACCAUUGCAUCAGGAAUGUCCUUGUGUAGCCAGGAGUCUGUUACUAAAAUAAAAGCUGGUCCUUUAAGCAGACUUUCAGCGUAGAAUCCAUCAGACUUCGACAGAAUUGAACAAUAAUCCUAUCAAACUAAAUACAGUGAAGUCUAGAUAUAGUGAACUUGAAAAAUGUUGAGUUGAAGUGUUCACUUUGAAUGAGCUUGCUAUAUCUGACUCCACUGUAUUUUCAUCCACUUUAAGACGUCUCAACCUAGCUAAAUUUUGUGAAGAGGCCGCUGCUAUUUCCAACAGAACAUCUGGAAAUGAUCCUGUGACUUAAAUCCUGGUUUUGUGUAAUUCACAAGAAAUAACGUUGACAUAAAACAUCUUGAGAGACUCCAAGAGGUCUAAAAUACGAAUGUCAGUUUAAGUCAAUCACCAAUGCUGCCCAAAACCCAUGUGGGCAAAAUAUAAUCUUAUUGAAAGAUUCUUCUAGUUUAAGCCUGAAUAGACAUACCUAACAUGUUUGCGUUAGGCAUAAUUUUUACUUUACUAGUCUCUAACAAUGAUUAGGGAACUCCAUAUCAUUGGUGGUUUUAAUAGUGAGCAAAACAGCUUUGAACUUCCUAUUUAAGAAGAACACAAGAUCAUAGGAAUAAUGAAUCCCAAUACUAAACUGUUAACUAGACAGUUCUUAUUUUAGUCCUACAUAUUGUAGAGGGGCAUUUUUAUUAGUUCAGAACUCAAAAAAACAAAGAACUGCAAUAGAGCCAGAAUUAGAGCGAAAAAUCCAAUAAUUUGUAAUCAUCAACUCAGAAUGACUUGAGUGGAUCGUUUCUCAAGUAUGUUCAGUUUUUUUUUUUUUUAACUGAAUCUCCUGUACAUUUUUGUCAAAACGGUUAACUCGGGCAGAUAUAAUGAUAAUGAAGCAGAAACUACACAAAGUGCGGAAUUUAAUAUUAAAAAAAUUGUGUGUCAUGAAUAAAUUGGAAAAAGUUACAAUACAAAUGAUAUUGUAAUUAUGUGAAGUGAGUCAAUAAAAUUACCUUCAAUAAAAUUGACUUUUUAUUUCACCUACUAAGAUUUUUGGUAUUUACAUUUUUAAUUGUGUCCCUCAAAUCAGGUACUUUACUAGGUUUAUCUAUUGUUCUUACAUUAGCGUACACUUAUAAAAUUAAAUAUUUGCCUAAGACAUUAAUAUUUACUUUAAUAAUUAUCAUCAGGAACAUAAAUAUAUGGUUAUAACUUUGGUAUUUUAAAUAUCAAAAUUUGCAUAAAUGUUUUAAUCCCUCUCUGGAUAAAACUGCGACAGUUCUUUGGCUAGUUGGUCUGCAACUUCUUGAGAAGAAGCUGCAAGGACUCGACGCGAUAAUCUGUCAA